UUUCGGCGCAUGCGCCAUAUAGACCCGGAAUUUCCUCUUUUCAAAAUGGCAGCCGCAAUGGAUGUAGACACACCAAGCGGAACGAAUAACAGCGCUAGUAAGAAGCGCUUUGAGGUUAAGAAGUGGAAUGCAGUUGCCCUUUGGGCCUGGGACAUUGUAGUGGACAAUUGUGCCAUCUGCAGGAACCACAUCAUGGACUUGUGCAUAGAGUGCCAAGCAAACCAAGCUUCUGCUACUUCUGAGGAAUGCACUGUGGCAUGGGGUGUGUGUAAUCAUGCAUUUCACUUCCAUUGCAUUUCACGCUGGCUGAAGACUCGACAAGUUUGCCCGCUGGAUAAUAGAGAGUGGGAAUUUCAGAAGUAUGGUCAUUAGAAGCUCAGCAUGCAGGGAUGUGUGGCAAUAUCAUGGCUGCAGCCUAAUUCAGUGAGGCAGAACUGCCAACGGCAUUACAGCUCACCUUGUUGAUCCUGAUGUUUGAAGUUGACACACCACCCACCCACCUUUCCCCACCCUUUUAUUAUUUUUAAUAGUUUAAUCGUUAUUAUAUGUUUACUAUCCAAAUAAACUAUUGGAAUGUA